CUGCGCAGAAGGGUCACGUGGUGGCUGGGCCGGGGAAAUGGCGGCUUCAGGAGAGAGCGGGGCUUCGGCCGGCGGAGGCAGCACGGAGGAAGCAUUUAUGACCUUCUACAGUGAGGUGAAACAAAUAGAGAAGAGAGAUUCGGUUCUGACAUCCAAAAAUCAAAUUGAAAGAUUGACCCGUCCUGGUUCCUCUUACUUCAAUUUGAACCCGUUUGAGGUUCUUCAGAUAGACCCUGAAGUGACAGAUGAAGAAAUAAAAAAGAGGUUUCGGCAGUUGUCCAUAUUGGUGCAUCCUGACAAAAAUCAAGAUGAUGCUGAUAGAGCACAAAAGGCUUUUGAAGCUGUGGACAAAGCUUACAAGUUGCUACUGGAUCAGGAACAAAAGAAGAGGGCCCUGGAUGUAAUUCAGGCAGGAAAAGAAUACGUGGAACACACUGUGAAGGAGCGGAAAAAGCAAUUAAAGAAGGAAGGGAAACCUACAAAUGUAGAGGAAGAUGAUCCUGAGUUGUUCAAACAAGCAGUAUAUAAACAGACCAUGAAACUCUUUGCUGAGCUGGAAAUUAAAAGAAAAGAGAGAGAAGCCAAAGAGAUGCAUGAAAGGAAACGACAAAGGGAAGAAGAGAUUGAAGCUCAAGAAAAAGCCAAACGAGAAAGGGAGUGGCAGAAAAACUUUGAGGAAAGCCGAGAUGGUCGGGUGGACAGCUGGCGAAACUUCCAAGCAAAUACAAAGGGGAAGAAAGAGAAGAAAAAUCGGACCUUCCUGAGACCACCGAAAGUAAAAAUGGAGCAGCGUGAGUGACCCCUGGGUCACUCACAGCCACAGAACCUUCUCCCAGCUCUCCUUCCUGCUCUGAAGGACUCAUUCUUUUCCUCCCAACUCCACCCCAACAUAGAGUAGUUUUGCUUUUUAGUCCAUUUUGUUUUCAAUACAAUUUAAUAUCGAUCAGAGUAAUUCUUUUGUACAUUGAAAUGAGGGGCUCUGUUUAAAAAAGACUCCCCCCACCCGUUAACCCUUAGAACAACCAGGAUUGGAAGGUGCCACCAUUGGUGCUGCCUUCUUUCCCACAGCCUGUAACUUAAUGUUUUGUACUUCACCGAAUUGUGAUGGUUAGAAACUCCAUGUAUAGUUUAUGGAAAUCAUCCAAUUAAACAUAUUGCUUACA